CAGAGAAGGAUGUGAAAUUUUCGAUCUCAAUUGACGAAAAACACACGCAACCGUAAGAAGAAGAAGACGAAUUAGGGAGAAGAAAUUCUGUCUUCCACAGAACUGCGAAGAACCACCUGCCUCUACUUCUCCGACAUCCGGCGGCGUCCGGCGAUUGCCGUGUGGUCAUCAUUCAUUCCGAAGUUUCCAAUUUCCGAUUCGUUCAAUUGUUCGUUUUGGAAGUAUUGAUAAGCUCAGUAUUCCGUGGCUUUCUCUGGAUCAUAAACCCUAGAAGUUUUAUGUUUGUUUCUGUGGAUUGAUUAGAAUUAGAAAGUGAGAAGAUGGAGCAGUUGAAGACGAUCGGCAGAGAGCUUGCCAUGGGCUCUCAGGGAGGAUUUGGGCAGUCGAAGGAGUUUCUGGAUCUGAUUAAAUCGAUCGGCGAGGCCAGAUCCAAGGCCGAGGAGGAGCGAAUUAUCGUCCACGAGAUGGAAACUUUGAAACGCCGCCUCACCGAUCCCGACAUUCCCAAGCGCAAGAUGAAGGAGUACAUUAUUCGUCUCGUGUAUGUUGAGAUGCUCGGUCACGAUGCUUCGUUCGGCUACAUCCAUGCCGUCAAGAUGACUCAUGACGAUAAUCUUCUGUUGAAGCGCACUGGUUAUUUGGCCGUCACUCUUUUUCUCAACGAGGAUCACGAUCUCAUCAUCCUCAUUGUUAAUACCAUCCAGAAAGACCUCAAGUCUGACAAUUAUCUCGUUGUUUGUGCGGCUCUCAAUGCGGUGUGUAGGCUUAUCAACGAGGAGACUAUACCAGCAGUGUUACCGCAGAUUGUCGAGCUUUUGGGACACUCAAAGGAGGCCGUUAGAAAGAAGGCUAUCAUGGCUCUUCAUCGCUUCCAUCAGAAAUCACCCUCUUCCGUAUCGCAUCUCAUCUCCAAUUUCCGGAAGAGGCUGUGUGAUAACGAUCCAGGAGUCAUGGGAGCCACGCUUUGCCCUCUUUUUGAUCUCAUUACCACGGAUGUAAAUUCCUAUAAAGAUUUAGUUGUCAGCUUCGUAAGCAUUCUUAAACAAGUAGCUGAACGCAGAUUGCCGAAGAGUUAUGAUUACCAUCAGAUGCCGGCUCCAUUCAUACAGAUCAAAUUAUUGAAAAUUCUUGCAUUACUGGGUGCUGGGGACAAGCAAGCAAGCGAACACAUGUAUACUGUCGUCGGGGAUAUAUUUAAGAAGUGCGAUCCUUUGAGUAAUAUAGGAAAUGCAGUGCUUUACCAAAGUAUAUGUUGCGUCUCUUCUAUUUACCCCAAUCCUAAGUUGUUGGAAGCUGCUGCUGAUGUAAUCUCUAGAUUUUUAAAGAGUGAUAGUCAUAAUCUAAAAUAUAUGGGCAUUGAUGCACUUGGUCGACUUAUAAAACUAAGUCCGGACAUCGCUGAACAACAUCAGCUGGCUGUGAUUGAUUGUAUGGAGGAUCCAGAUGAUACUUUAAAGAGAAAAACAUUUGAACUAUUGUAUACAAUGACCAAGUCCACCAACGUGGAAGUAAUCGUCAAUCGCAUGAUUGAAUAUAUGAUAAGCAUUACUGACCAUCAUUACAAGACAUAUAUUGCAUCGAGAUGUGUUAAACUUGCCGAGGAAUUUGCUCCUAAUAACCAUUGGUUCAUUCAGACCAUCAAUAAAGUUUUUGAGCACGCUGGAGAUUUGGUGAAUAUUAAAGUCGCACAUGAUUUGAUGCGGUUGAUUGCUGAAGGAUUUGGAGAGGAUGGCGAUACAGUAGAUAGCCAGCUGAGAUCAUCUGCGGUGGAGUCAUAUUUGCGCAUUAUUGGGAACCCAAAGCUUCCAUCUGCAUUUCUUCAGGUUAUCUGUUGGGUUUUGGGGGAGUAUGGAACUGCUGAUGGAAAGUACUCGGCCUCCUAUAUUGCUGGAAAGCUAUGUGAUGUGGCCGAAGCAUAUUCAAAUGAUGAAAGUGUCAAGGCUUAUGCGGUGACAGCUCUCAUGAAAGUAUAUGCAUUUGAGAAGAUGUCCGGGAGAAAAGUGGAUAUACUACCAGAGUGUCAAUCUUUGAUCGAAGAAUUAUCGGCAUCCCACUCAACAGAUUUGCAGCAACGUGCGUAUGAAUUGCAGGCCACCAUAGGUCUAGAAGCUCGAGCUGUUGAGAAUAUAAUGCCAGCCGAUGCAAGCUGUGAAGAUAUUGAGAUUGAUAAAGAUCUCUCGUUCCUCAACAAUUAUGUGCAGCAGUCACUUGAAAAUGGUGCCCAGCCUUACAUUCCCGAGAGUCAGCGAUCUAGGAUGGAAGACAUUAGUACCAUCAAGAGUCUUGAGCAACGGGAAGCUGUGUCCCAUGGCCUUAGAUUUGAGGCUUAUGAGCUUCCGAGGCCUCCAGUGCCAUCAAGUGUCCCUCCUGUUUCAUCUGCAAUCUCGGCUGAACUGGUUCCCGUACCGGAACCAUAUCAUCCUAGGGAGACAUACCAGUCUACAUCAGAUCCAUCUGUAUCAGAUGAUGGUUUGUCUGGUGUCAAGUUACGACUUGAUGGUGUUCAGAAGAAGUGGGGAAGGCCGACCUACUCUUCUUCUGCUUCAUCUGCGACCACUUCCACUCCUCAGAAAGCAGUAAAUGGGGUGUCCCAGAUUGAUGGAACUAGUUCUGCAAGCUCAAAACCACGUGAUACGUACCACUCAAAGACUGCGGAGCCUGAGAUUUCUUCAGAGAAACAAAAGCUUGCUGCUUCCUUAUUUGGGGGUUCAUCCAAAACUGAAAAAAGGGCACCCUCUGCUGCCCAUAAAGCUACAAAGACGCAUCACACAGCUAAGACAACAGCCGCGUCUGCAGAAGUUGCUGCACCAAAGGCAAGCCACCAACCGCCUCCUCCUGACCUCCUCGACUUGGGUGAACCGGCAGUCACCAGUGUCGCACCGUCUAUUGAUCCAUUUAAGCAGCUGGAAGGGCUUCUCGAAGAAAAUCAGAUUUCUUCUACCGAGAAUUCUAAAGCUGUUGAACCCAAUAAAGCACCAGAUUUGAUGGCAUUAUAUUCUGGGACUACCAUGAGUGGACAAGGAAGCAACUUUGUGGAUCUCCUAUCCUCCAACAAGGUUGAUUUGGAUCUCACUUCUGGAUUGUCGAAAGUAGCUGCAAAGACGGGUCAGGGAGAAACUACCAUUUCAAAUCUCCCACAAUUUAGCAAGGGCCCCAACGUGAAGGCAUCCUUGGAAAAGGAUGCAGUCGCGAGGCAAAUGGGUGUGAACCCUUCGAGUCAGAAUCCGAACUUGUUUAAAGACUUACUUGGCUAAGCAAUUUCAGGGGAGGCCCAAGCGAGACUUAUUUAUGAUUUGUGCUCAUUACCUUCCAGCAGAUUAGCCAUGUGAUGUGAAACUACCAUUAUCCAAAAGACAGACUGCGAUUGAAACUGCACAUGCAACCGAAAUGAACGGCAGAAAAACCUCGAAGGCUGUUAAGAUCCAGUGCAGGUAUGUACUUACUGCCAGAUUAGUUUACUUUUUGUACUGUAGAGACAAUGUUGAGUUUUUGUACGAGUAGAUACUAUUGGGAUUUCAAGACGUUACAAAUUCACGACGAGUGAGAUACGUGGCAAAAUUUUCGAGCAUGGGCAGGGAUUUCGGAAAACUGAAGAGGCAACGUGAAAACGCCGUGAUGUUUGUUUCAUUUUGUUCCUUAUUUUCUUUGCCCCCAGAAGUGAGUCCAUUCUGUUAUAUAUUUGAUUACAAUGCUGAAUAAGGGAAGGUUCUUUCUUUAUCUCUUGCUUCAACUUUUAGUGGGCCAUGAGAAAGCCUCUUCAUAUCAAUACUCGAGGUCUCGACACUUUACGUA